AUGGCACAUACUAAGAAACUGGUCGUCGACCCCAUCGCUCCUACUGCGGAGGAGCGCAGCGACUUUGAGUUGUCGGUGUUUGCCGCGAUCGUCGCCGCUCUCUACGUGGCGGGGUGGGCGCCGUGGGCGCCGCCAGCACUGAUCGCGGUCGACGUGGCGCCGUACCUCCCGCUGCUGUGGGUGGCCGGUGCUGCCCCCGUGUACAAACAGGUGGUGACAGCAUUAGCACUGAAGACGGCGACGUGGUUGUUCACUAACGUGGUGCCAGCAGCCCUUGUGACUAAAGCGGUGACGGCGGUUAUCACCCGCCUUCCGACACUGGCGGAGCCGGCAGUGCCGGUAGCACUCCCGCCGCGGCGGUGGCUGGCAGUGGGGGCUCAGAUUGUCCCCGGCAUCCGUCGCCGCGCCUCGAGCGCCGUCGCCCUUUUCAGCAUUGACGCCUUAGCUGACCGCCGCUCGCUUGUGCUGGCAAUUGUGCCGUUAUACCGCCGACAUGGGCACAUUGACCCGUUGACGCUCGUCAAGCUGAUCCAGCACGUAGGCGGCGCCGACUCCGAGUACAAGAACAUUGUCGAGGCGUUUGUUCGGGCCAACCUCCACUCCCACCAUGAGCGUCCGUCGCGGUUUUUCAACUGGCUUUUGCGCUACCAUCGCUCAGUGGCGCAGGUCAAUGCCGCUGCUGCUGAGGACGCUGCCGUCGCCGUGAGUUUGCCGGCAGCUCACGACUAUGCUGGUAUUGUCAACGUGCUCAGAGCAUUCGACGAGCUCCCGUAUUUGGCAAUUAACUUCCGCCAAGUAUUACCAUAUCUCGUGGCUGCUGACGGUCCUUUAGGUUCCGUACCGUCAUUUGCCAGUCAAUUCCAUGCCAUUGCUGUGCUCACUGACUUCAAUUUAUUCUUGACCCUCCAGAUCUAUGAUGCCAACUUGUGGCAGCUCUGUCCUGCCGACGUGCCGGGAAAACCGUCGGCACUGGCGCGCGCCACUCACCAACUCCGCGACGGUUCCGAACCCAGAUCCACUUACGAUUUAGACAACUUAAAGGCGGAAUGGCUCCACCAGCCGUCACCCCAACUUGAUUUCACGGUGGACGACGGCAUUGCUACCAUCGUGCCUCAAGUGCAAUGUCCCUUGUGUGAAGAACGCGUGACUAAUGCCGUCACUACUGAUAAUGGCACCGUGUGCAGCCGCGAUUGCUUCGACAGCCACCGCGGCGUGGGCAGCGACCCCGUGGCCAACCCAACAUUGGACUACGUUAUCACUGUCAUUGAUCACGCGAACGAUAAGCCUCAAUGGGUCGCAGGCGUUUUGGUUUAA